AUGGGCUCCGCGAAGCAGGUAGUGCGUCCGCCGCAACGUGGAAUUUUUCCGCUCGAUCAUUAUCGAGAAUGCAAAGGGCCUAUGGAUCAGUAUCUAGAGUGCCUCAAGGAAGAAAAGGACCUGCACCACAAAUGCAAAGAUCAUAGCAAAGAGUAUUUACAAUGCAGGAUGGACCGAGAUCUGAUGUCGAAAGAAAAUCUCGAUCAGCUGGGCUUUAGCAAAGAAGCUGAGGUCCAAAACGCCAGGGAA